AUGUGUACGGUCCGGAGCGGUGUGACAGCCGCACUCGACACCGACUGUGGGAAAAAGAAGAGGGAAUGCCAAUUGGGACGGAGAAAUCAGCCGGAGGAGAAAAGUGCACAGAAGAUAAUCGACGCCAAGACGCGGAAGAAGCGCACAAUCGAGAACGGAGGAGACUCUGAUGAAGAAGAGCGUGCGUUCGGACUCUCGAGACGCAGAGAAAAACCAGCCCUUCUGUCGGACGGUCGUUCCUGCUACUGUAUCGGCAAUCGGCAAUCGGCACUUGCCGUGCACGAGAAAAGAACAGAACAGCGCAGGCUCGUGAAAGAGCGAAGGCCAGAGCAGAGCCGAGACGAACGUUGGCGAGAGAGCAGAGAGCAGAGAGAGCAGAGAGGACACGGAGAGACAAGAGGCAGGCACGCACGCACGCACGAAGUGAGCGCGGUCGAGCGAGCGAGCAAGCCAAGCACAAAGGCGAGGGAGCGAGGGAGCGAGGGAGAGGGAGGGAGUGAGGGAGGGCGUGCAGGCAGGACUGCGAGCGAUCGAAGGAAGAGAAGAGAGAGAGGAGAGAGGGGUUGGCGCGCUCCCUCUGCCCUCCCCUCGCCUCCCGUCUCGUCACACUGCCCCGCCAGGCGGACAGGCAGCCUGGCCCCGCCGGUCCCUCCUCCUCCCGCCCGCCCGCCCGCCCGCCGGCGGUGUCAUCCCCCGCUACAGUCCCGAAACCGAAAGUCCGAAACGCCAACGCCCCAGCAACCGACUUCACCUCCGCCCGGCGCCCUGUUCUGGCCGGCCGGGCGUCUUUCCCGACGCCGGCCCCCCGGUAAAUUUAGUUUCGGGGCCCCUCGCCAAUAUGGCCUUCGUUGGACAGUGAACUCUGCCAGCCGGGCUCUGCGUGCGAUUCUUCCUCGCCGGCAUUGGAGGCCCACUGGCGUCGCCAUGGGCCGAUUGACGUUCGACGCUUUGGCCGGGCGUCGUGAAGCCUUCAUUUCGGUCAACAUACUCUACUGUACCGUAUUUCAAAGCUCCUCCCUUCCCUCUUCAUUCCUUCAUUCCUUCCAAGUCCCCGCUCGAGUCUCGGACUCACCCAGUACAGUAACAGUAACGGCCUCCCCUCCCGUCCCUCCCUCUGGACUGCUGGUUUAA